GUUGAAGAGAGAGAAGUCGUUGAACUCGAACCGUCAGUCAAUGAUGCUUGGCCGCUGCCACUGGCUGACGGGCUGACGAUCCCUACGGAGACUUCAACAUUUUUGCUUGUGUGUCGAGGGGGAAAGUCUUCAACUUCAGAUCUAACUCCAGGUGGCCAUGUUGUCCAUCCCGGAUCUGAUCAAGAAGAAGCGGGACGGCGGUUCGCUGAGUGACGGCGACAUUCAAACGUGGCUGGAGGCCGUGACCGGCGGACGCGUGGAGGGCUGCCAGACAGGCGCCAUGCUGAUGGCCAUCUGGCAGCGGGGCAUGGACGCGCGCGAGACGGCGACGCUGACCAAAGCGAUGAUGCUGUCGGGGGAAGUGAUGUCGUGGCCGCCAGAGUGGGCGGGGCUGCUGGUGGACAAGCACUCCACGGGUGGCGUGGGCGACAAAGUCAGCCUGGUGCUGGUGCCCGCGCUCGCCGCUUGCGGCUGCAAGGUGACUCUGAAAAGUGACUCGAAAAAGCGUCACGCUUUUUCCCCAUUUUGUCUUGUCGACGUGUCUCGCCAGGUCCCGAUGAUAAGUGGGCGGGGCCUGGCCCACACCGGAGGUACGCUGGACAAGCUGGAGUCCAUUCCCGGUUUCGGCGUCCACCAGUCGGCUGAGCAGCUGCGAGCCAUCCUGAGCAGCGUGGGCUGUUGCAUUGUGGGUCAGACGGAGACGCUGGUUCCCGCCGACCGCAUCCUCUACGCCGCGCGCGACAUCACGGCCACCGUGGACAGCAUGCCGCUCAUCGCUGGCUCCAUCAUCUCCAAGAAAGGCGCCGAGUCGCUGACGGCGCUGGUCCUGGACGUCAAGUUCGGCCGGGCCGCUCUCUACAAAGACUUGGGCAGCGCCAAGGAGCUGGCGCGCCUCCUGGUGCAGGCGGGCAACGAUCUGGGCAUGCGCACGGGCGCGCUGCUGAGCCGCAUGGACGGCGUGAUCGGAUGCAGCGUGGGCAACAGUCUGGAGGUCAUCGAGGCGCUCCGCCUGCUCAAGGGCGACCACCGGCACAGCCGAGACCUCGUGGAGCUCGUCGGCGCGCUCGGCGGCCUCCUGCUGGCCAUGACGGGACUGGCGGCCGACCGAUCGGAAGGCGCGGGGAAGAUUUUGCAGGCUGUGAUGGGCGGAGCCGCUCUGCUCAAGUUCCAGGCCAUGAUGGAGGCUCAGGGCGUCGCCCCGGAGACGGCGAGGGCGCUGUGCGCCGCCGACGCCGACUACUUCAAGAUUCUGAGGAAAGCCAAACAUCAGCUGGACUUGACGGCCAAACACGACGGCGUGCUGGUGGACGUGGAUGGUUUGGUUUUAGCGGAAGUGGUUCAUAAGUUGGGGGCCGGGCGUUCCAAGGCCGGACAGCCUGUCAAUCACAGCGUGGGGGCGGAGCUACUGCUCUCCCUCGGCCAGAAAGUCUCCAAAGGCGCCCCCUGGCUGCGACUCCACUACGAGGAGCCGGCUCCCAGUUCAGACCAGAUCGAGCGACUGCAGAGCGCUCUCGUCCUGGGAUCGCCCGCCGACUGGCGAAAGCAAAGUUUGGUGCAAGAAGUGCUGCUUCCUGUUUGACGCACGUCGUCGAACCCGACUCAUUUUGGGGCUGCGCUCGAAUAUGUCUUUGAAAAACUUUGGUGCUCAAGGACCACAUUUGAUUUUUAAAACAGACACCAUGGCCAGCACGUUUGUAGAAAAAAAAAGAUAAAAUGUUGAUUUAAGAAAAUGUAUUUUCAGAAUUACAUUUGUAUUUCAAUUAUAAUUGAUUAACCCAUUUUUUUAGUUAGAUAAAAUUGUAAAAAUAUCAUAGAAUUGUAAAACGGUUCAUUUUAAUAUUUCAUUCUCAUUGGUUUUGAAUUUUCUUACAACCAAUUAAAUAAUACAAAUAUG